UUCAUGGCAACAAAACCAGGAGGGGAAGAUGAGUGGCAUCUGGAAUACACUUUAGGUAAAAGGUAGGAUUCUGCUCCUGGAUGAUUUGCUGGAAGUGUGCACAGAGGUCAACUAUCAAAUAUGCAGGAAGCAGUCCUUCUCCUGGUUCUCCUGGGCACCAUGUCAGAGGCAGAGGCGCUACACCUAAUCCAUUUACCUGCUACAAGCAACGUGGCAGAGAAUUCUCCACCUGAGACUUCAGUGCAUGAGUUUUCUGUGAACUUAUCAGCAUCGCUGUCACCUGUGAUCCCAGGGUUUCCCCUGAUAAUCAACUCGAGUCCCCUCACCAAAGCCUUCAGGGUGAACUGGCUGUCAGGCACGGACUUUGAGGUUGUCACCACUGGGAAGGAACAACUAGAUUUUGAAACAGGACCAAAGAUAUUUGAUUUGCAGAUUUACGUUCAGGACGAUGUUGGUGUCACUGACCUGCAGGUCCUUACUGUCCAGGUAACAGAUGUGAAUGAGCCACCUCAAUUUCUAGGCAACUUGGCAAAAGGUCUAAGCCUCUACAUCGUGGAAGGAGCAAACCCUGGAUUCAUUUACCAGGUUGAGGCCUUCGAUCCAGAAGACACAAGUCGAAACACACCCCUCAGUUACUUCCUGAUUUCUCCCACAAAGAGUUUCAUAAUGUCUGCUAAUGGGACCCUCUCCUCCACAACAGAAUUUGACUUUGAAGCAGGAAACAACAGUUACCAUCUCACCGUGGAAGUGACAGACAGCCAAGGGCUCAGAGCUUCCACAUACCUAGAGGUGAACAUUGUGAACAUCAACGAUGAAACCCCGCGCUUUACCAGCUCAACGCGAGUGUAUGUGAUUCCGGAGGAGCUGAGUCUGGGAACCAUUGUGGCCAAUAUCACAGCCGAGGACCCCGACGAUAAAGGUUCUACCAGCUUCCUCCUCUACAGCAUUACAACUGGUAACAGCUAUUUCAGGAUAAAUGAGUUGACUGGUACCAUCCACGUGGCCCACAGGCUAGACCGAGAAGCAGGUGAAUUAAGACACAAUCCCACCAUUUCUCUGGAAGUUCUGGUGAAGGAUAGACCCUUCGGGGGUCAGGAGAAUCGCAUGCAGAUAACCUUCAUGGUGGAAGACAUUAAUGACAACUCUGCUACUUGUAUCAAGUUCACCUUCAGCAUUAAGGUGCCUGAAAGAGCAGCCAAAGGGACUUUGCUUCUGGACCUGAACACGGUCUGCUUUGAUAAUGACAGCGAAGCACCAAACAGCCAAUUCAACUUCACCACACCAUCUGGAGUGGGGAGCAGCAGCCGAUUUUCACAGGACCCAGCUGGCUCUGGGAAAAUUGUGUUGAUUGGUGAUCUAGAUUAUGAAAAUUCAAGUAAUCUAGCAGCCGGCAAUAAAUACGCUGUGACAAUCCAGGUGCAGGAUGUUGCCCCUCCUUACUAUAAAAAUAACAUCUACAUUUAUGUCUUAACAAGCCCAGAAAACGAAUUUCCUCUUGUUUUUGAUCAGCCGUCCUACGUAUUUGACUUGUCAGAAUUAAGCCCAGCUAGAACCCGGGUGGGACAGGUGCGCGCCACUGAUAAAGACUUUCCGCAGAGCAGCGUCGUGUACGCCAUCUCCUCCGGUGGGGCCAGCCUCCAGCGCCCAAACAUAUUUUGGAUUAAUCCCCACACCGGAGAACUCCAGCUGGUGACUAAAGUGGACUACGAAACAACCCCCAUCUAUAUUCUCAGAAUCCAGGCCACCAACAGCGAGAAUACAAGCUCAGUCACUGUUACUGUGAACAUCCUGGAGGAAAAUGAUGAAAAGCCAGUUUGUAUCCCAAACUCUUAUUUCCUGGCCAUCCCAGUGGAUUUGAAAGUUGGCACAAAUAUUCAAAAUUUCAAGCUGCAGUGUACUGAUCGUGAUUCCAGCCCCAGGUCUUUUCGUUAUUCUUUUGGCCCAGGCAACAUCAACAGCCACUUCACCUUCUCUCCCAAUGCUGGGUCCAAUGUCACACGCCUGCUCCUUGCAACUCCCUUUGACUAUACUGGUGGGCUUGAUAAGAUCUGGAACUACAAACUACUCGUCUACAUAACGGAUGACAACUUGCUGUCCAGCAGGAAGAAAGCUGAGGCCCUUGUUGAAACAGGGACAGUGACAUUGAUUAUUAGUGUCAUUCCUUACCCAACCACGAUUGUAACCACGACCACCAGGCCCAAGAUCAUCUAUCAGACCCUGCAGAAAAAUGUUUAUUCUCCAUCGGCAUGGUACGUGCCAUUUGUCAUCACUUUGGGCUCCAUAUUGCUUCUGGGCCUCCUGGUGUCCCUGGUCGUCCUGUUGGCCAAAGCCGUCCACAGACACUGUCCCUGCAAGACUGUGAAGCACAAGAAGCCUCUGGUGAAGAAAGGAGAAAUGAAGAAUACAAGGAGAGAAGUUGUAGUGGAAACAAUCCAGAUGAGCGUGAGCACUGCUUUUGAUGGAGAAGCCGUAGACCCAGUUACUGGAGCAAAAUAUGAAUUCAACUCGAAAACUGGAGCUAGAAAGUGGAAAGAUCCCUUAACACAAAUACCAGAGUGGAAAGCGUCCAGACCCCAGGGAGCUGCUCAGAGCAGAGCUGUCUCUGCAGAAGGGACUGGGCCCCCGAGGAGCACCACCAAGGAAGGAGAUGGGCUGAGUGGCAAAGCACAAGCUGAGGAUGCAGGCCCCGCUGCCAGAAACCAGCAUGGCAAGCCGGGCACUCCAAAGGACAGAAACCCAGCCCUCACACACAGGUCUUCCCCAAAACCUCACCCAGGAAAGUAAGCCUUCUGGGUGCAGGUCUCACAGCAGAGCACAGGGGAGGGACAUUGACUGUUUGAGGGUUGCUGCCUCACCCUAAAUUCUGUGAGGGCAUAUGAGAUGCCAUAGGAGUGAAAAUGUGGCCUGAAGGGAGAUUCAGGGUCCCAAAUGGGAUGUUUAAAACAACAGAAGGGUUUGAUUGCGUAGUUACCUUUUUCUGACACGGCACAGGUGAAAUUUUUCCCAGGUCUCUGUGCUUCUGAUCAGCUGGACUAUUAAGUUUUGGAUGAGGAAUCGUUGUGUUUCUUCUUCUGUUGACUGCUAGGAAGCGCCAUUCAGUUCACCCCCAGGAGGUGCACAGGACUUCCUGACACAAAUGCUGAGGGUCACCUUCACGUCUGAUUUCAUCUUAUUUUGCUGCCCUCAUUUCAGUAUCACCCAGAUUUCUUCACUUGUACAGUUCAACACCAUACACCUUUGCAAGUCACCUCAAAUCUUUUGCAAAAGGAGCAGAGCAGUGAAAACAAUGGGUAUAUAAAUAAUGAGUUACUCAUCUCGGGAGAGGAAAACAAUACACACCUUCUUUUAUUCUUUGUUUAUUGAGGUAUAACUUAUAUUUAAUAAAGUACACGGAUCUAAGGUAUUCAGCUCAGUAAUAGACUCCUCCCAGAGGCAACCGCUCUUAUGAUCUUUAUCAUCAUAGAUCAGUUUUGCUUUCUUGAGUUUAUAUAAAUGGAAUUACACAGAAUGUGCUCUUUUGUGUCUGGUUUUUUUGCUCAGCUCAUGUCUGUGAUACUCAUCCAUUGUACUGCAGAUCAGCAGUCCAGCACAAUUUAGUUUUCCGUUCUAUCCUUGGGUGACUGCUUCAGGUUCUUCACUAAUAUAUAGUCUGCACUAUGCACUUUCUUGUGCAUGUCUUCCGGUGAGCACAAACACGUGUUUCUUCAGAGCAUAUUCCUAGGACUGGAAUUGCUAGAGCCAUUGCUGGAAUUUGCUGAGAAUUCCACAGUUGGUGGCUGCAACCGACACUUGAACCAGCAAUACUUAAGAGUUCUCAUUGCUUUACUUCCUUGCCAACACU